AUGUGGCGAUUUAUACAAUGCUUGAAAGAAGAGGAGAGUGUUGUAUCUCAUAGAAUGGUUCAAACUGGUUUAGGUUUUUCUUCAACUAGACCAUCAAAAACAACACGUGCGGCAGCACGUAAAACUAAACAAGUUGGGAAACUAUUGAAUUUAUUACAGUUAAAUAAGAGAUCAUUGAUUGAUACAAUAAUGUCAUUUGCAUAUCUAGUUGGUGAACCAGUUGCCCGCGGAAGAAAAGGAAAGAAAAAUAAAAAUAACAUUUCAAAAUCUGAUUCAUCAUCACCAUCAAGUUCAAUAAUAGAUUCUGACUAA